CGGCCAGCCACCAGCCGAAUGUGGCGAACGCAGUGAGGAAGUGAGGCUGUGAGGAAGACACAGCGCCGCCGCUGUGGGCACGCCCGCCGCCGCUGUGGGCACGCCCGCCCCCGCGCGCACUGCUGCCACCGCCUGACCUUGCCAGUCAGCCGGUGCUAGGUGUAGUAGAGGAGAGGAGGGGACCCGGGAGGGCGGCGGCGGCGCCAUGGCGGGGGGAGGAGGAGGAGGACCGGGGCCGGGAAAGGUGAAGGCGGGGAGGCGGCCGCCGUGGGUGGGGCUGGCGGCGGCGGUGUGGGUGCAGGUGGCGGCGGGGAGCGCCUACGUGUUCCCGCUCUACUCGCACGCCGUCAAGGAGGCGCUCGGGUACGACCAGAAGGCGCUCACCAUGCUCGGCGUCGGCAACGACGUCGGCGAGAACGUGGGGCUCGUCCCGGGGGUGCUGGCCAACCGCCUCCCGCCCUGGCUCAUCCUCGUCAUCGGCUCCGCCUGCGCCUUCUUCGGCUUCGGCACGCUCUGGCUCGCCGUUACCAAGACCGUCGCCAUGCCGUACUGGGUGUUAUGGAUAGCUUUAUGUAUCGGCACGAACAGCAGUGCAUGGUUGGGCACUGCUGCUCUUGUGACCAACAUGAGGAAUUUCCCUCUCAGCCGAGGCACUGUUGCUGGUCUUAUCAAGGGUUAUGUUGCUGUUAGUGCUGCUGUCUACACAGAAACUUUUAAUGGAAUGCUAGGGAAUUCAGCCACAAAUCUUUUGCUGUUGCUUGCCUUGGGGAUCCCGACAGCAUGCAUUGUGGUGAUGUAUUUUGUUAGGCCUUGCACUCCAUCACUGGACGAGGACAACUCAACAGAACACAGCCAUUUCAUGUACACACAAGUCUCAAGUGUGGUUCUCGGCAUAUACCUUAUGGUAGCUACAGUACUUGGUGAUACUUUAAAACUAAGUCAGGCUGUCACAUACCUUUUGUUUGGGAUAAUGAUACUUUUGCUCCUUGCUCCACUUGCAAUACCAAUAAAGAUGACACUUUAUCCAAACAAACAAACAAAGGAAAAGCCCAGUACCCUUGCUCCAUCUUAUUCAACUGAUAGUCUGUCUGGCGCGGAUCCAGAGAACUCAGAACCACUUCUGGGCAGCGCCACAGCAACACUUGCUACAGGUGUCCAUGAAUCCGAUGAUAGUACUGAUUUGGAUGUUCUAUUGGCAGAGGGUGAGGGAGCAGUGAAUUUGAAAAAGAAAAGAGGGCCAAGGAGGGGGGAUGAUUUCACAUUCCUUGAAGCUUUAGUAAAAGCAGACUUCUGGCUACUUUUUAUUGUAUACUUUUGUGGAGUUGGCACAGGAGUCACUGUUCUAAACAACCUGGCUCAGGUUGGAAUGUCUGUUGGUGCUAAUGACACAACUAUUUUGCUGUGCCUUUUUGGCUUCUGCAACUUUGUUGGCCGAAUCCUCGGCGGAUCUGUCUCUGAGUAUUUCGUAAGGUCAAGGAUGCUCCCUCGUCCUUUUUGGAUGAUGUGCACGCAAAUAAUCAUGGUAGUAACCUUCCUGCUGUUUGCAACUGGUCUUCAUAGCUUGAUCUAUGUUUCAACUACACUCCUGGGGAUAUGCUAUGGCGUCCAAUUCGCCGUCAUGAUACCAACCGUCUCGGAGCUUUUCGGGCUGAAGGACUUUGGCCUGAUGUACAACUUCAUGCUGUUGGUGAAUCCUCUCGGCGCAUUCUUUUUCUCGGCUCUUCUUGCUGGCUACAUCUAUGACAAGGAGGCGGCAAGGCAGCAUCCAGGUGUGCUGGAGCCUUCAAACUGCUAUGGGCCUGAUUGCUUCAGAGUCACCUUCUAUGUCUGUGCUAUCGUGUGCUGCUGUGGAACUCUGUUGAGCGUGUUCUUCAUAGCGAGGAUAAAGCCGGUCUAUCAGAUGCUCUAUGCAAGCGGGUCGUUCAGGCAUCCGCGGAGCCAACAACAGCUCCACUGAGGAUGCAUGUACAAUCAUGUCAAGAAGAAACAUUGAGGUUUGGGACGGAAAGCAUAAUUGUUAUGGGGUUAAAUUAUCCGCUGGAUGCUGUGUUCCGGUUUUGUAUCACAUUAUGGGCGCCUGGUUCACUCAUGUUUGUAUGGGAGAGUUGUUUUGCUUUCAUCUAUCCCUGAUCUGUAAACAGCGCCACUCGCCAAUCUAGUAGAUAGCAUACAGGGAAUGAUCAGUAUAUACUGGUAAAUCAGGCUGCCUAUAAUUUGUUAUUUAUAUGGCAGCUCUUGUACAUCAGCAAGUUUGAGAAUGUCGUACAGUGAAUAUAUCUUCUUUAUUCUACU